GACGUCCACGCCCUUUGCCUGCAGCCUGGAGGUGAACGAAACUCUUCUCCUUCUGCAGACCCUUAGAGAGCUCACCGGCUCUUACCUCCAGCCGAGUGGCCGUGCGCGCUCGUCCAUGCUUUCCCUGCCGUUCUACUCAGGUCCCUCCCCCUUUCACUCCGGCAGUUGCGAAACUGCGGAGACUGGAUUCCGGCUGCCGAAUCGGCUGAGCGGCUCCGGGCGGCGCAGUGCGCAGGCGCGAGCGUCUGGGACCCGCGGCGCGCGGCGCUCGGUUGAAGCAGAGUGAGUUCCUGGGCGCGGAGAGGCGGUAGCCGGCGUCCGAGCAAGCGAGUGACCGGGUGCCUCCUGUGCAGCCAUGGCAGCCCUGCGCUACGCUGGCCUGGACGACACGGACAGCGAGGACGAGCUGCCCCCGGGCUGGGAGCAGAGAACCACCAAGGACGGCUGGGUUUACUAUGCCAAUCAUACCGAGGAGAAGACUCAGUGGGAACAUCCAAAAACUGGAAAAAGAAAGAGAAUAGCAGGAGAUUUGCCCUACGGAUGGGAGCAGGAAACCGAUGAGAACGGACAAGUGUUUUUCGUCGACCACAUCAAUAAAAGAACUACCUAUUUGGACCCAAGGCUGGCGUUCACCGUGGACGAUAACCCUACAAAGCCAACCGCCAGACAGCGUUACGACGGCAGCACCACGGCCAUGGAGAUCCUGCAGGGCCGGGACUUCAGCGGCAAAGUGGUCAUUGUCACCGGAGCCAAUUCAGGAAUAGGGUUUGAAACUGCCAAGUCUUUUGCCCUCCAUGGUGCGCACGUGAUCCUGGCCUGUAGGAAUAUGACAAGAGCCAAUGAAGCCGUGUCACGCAUUUUAGGAGAAUGGCAUAAAGCCAAGGUAGAAGCAAUGACCCUGGACCUCGCUGUGCUCCGUAGCGUGCAGCAUUUUGCUCAAGCAUUCAAGGCCAAGAAUGUGUCACUGCACGUGCUUGUGUGCAACGCAGCGGUGUUUGCUCUGCCCUGGAGCCUCACAAAGGACGGCCUGGAGACCACCUUUCAGGUGAACCACCUGGGGCACUUCUACCUUGUCCAGCUCCUCCAGGAUGUCUUGUGCCGCUCAGCCCCUGCCCGGGUUGUUGUGGUCUCCUCCGAGUCCCACAGAUUUACCGAUAUUAACGACUCCUCGGGGAAACUAGACUUCAGCCGCCUCUCUCCAUCGAAAAACGACUACUGGGCCAUGCUGGCUUACAACCGGUCCAAACUCUGCAACAUCCUCUUCUCCAAUGAGCUCCAUCGCCGCCUCUCCCCACGCGGGGUCACAUCAAACGCGGUGCACCCUGGAAACGUGAUGUACUCCUCCAUCCAUCGCAGCUGGUGGGUGUACACGCUGCUCUUCACCCUGGCCAGACCCUUCACCAAGUCCAUGCAACAGGGAGCCGCCACCACUGUCUACUGUGCUGCUGCUCCGGAGCUGGAGGGCCUGGGAGGGAUGUACUUCAACAACUGCUGCCGCUGCAUGCCCUCGACGGAGGCACAGAGCCAAGACACGGCCCGGGCCCUGUGGGCGCUCAGCGAGCGGCUGGUCCAGGAGGGGCUCGGCAGCCCGUCCGGCUGAGCGGGCGCUUCGGCGGGGGUCAGCACCAUGCCCCGCGCCCUGUGUGUGCACGCGCGUCAUUGCCAAGGCUGGACCCCUUCCAACUUACUGUCCUGGGGCUCUCCAUGUCCCUCUGACCCCGAUCCAGAGUAAAGAAUGUAAGAGGAGUCACAACAGAGUGAAAAAUGUUAAGUACCAAUGGGAAGCAGGGAAUUCUGGGGUUGGGUUAGGCGUGGGUCCCUCUGCUCCCCUGGUGAUGGCCCGUUUGAAAGUGAACCUUGGUAGGUGGCAGGUUCUCUGUCUCACUGUAGAAGCACAGCCAUUCUCACUCACUGUUUAGAACAGCCUGGUCCCCCCGUCCCACCCCACCACCACCACCGCCUCCUACGACCACACUGUAGUCAGGAGCUGGCUUUCUCCUGUUCAGGAAAGAAAAAGUCAAUGUUUGCGUUCAUCUAGGAGAUAAUUGUUUCAUUCAUCCUGAUCAAGUCAGAGUGGGCUUGACAGCUGCUGGAGAGGAAACUCUCUGAAUCUUGUUCCAGCCAAGAUGGAGGUGACACUUACAGAUCGGUGGAAGACACGUAACUGGAGGGUCGCAAAAGCACUGGUCCAUGGACUCCCUUGCCAAAGCUAUACAAAAGCGUCUUUAGAGAGUAUAACAACAAAUUUUGCAACACAUUCCCUAGAUACCUUGGCAGGCAGGAAAGGAAGCAUCGCACCCUUAAGAAUAAACAGGAUGUUUGGGGGAUGGGGGAUAAAAAGCUAUUCAUUCUUCACUAACAGUUUUAAGAAGCAGCCCGAUCUCGGACCGAGGUUCACAACCCCUCAGUGCAUCUGAUUAGCAUCCUCCUUCAGCUUCCUCUCGCUCCUCCCAACCUAUGCUUAAUAAAAGAACAUGCUUGAAUAUGA